AUGUCUCAACACAUCAAGACAAUCCCAACCUCCGAGUACCUGUCCGUUGUCGCUGUCGCCGAAAACUACAUCGUAGGCCUCAAAACCGGCGACGUCGCACAAGUAGCGAGGUCCUUCCACUCCGACGCAACCAUUCACGGCUUCGGCGCCGAUGGCUCCCUCCUUAGCGGUCCCAUCAGCGCCCUCUAUAGCUUUAUGGAGACAUUCGGGGCGUCGCCGAACAUUGUAGCAAGAAGUGAUGUCACUAGCAUCACGUCAACAACAGCCGCCGUCAAAGUUGAUAUAGAGGGCGAUGUGGCGGGGAACGAUUUCACGGAUAAUCUUACGCUGUUAAAGCUGGAUGGGAAGUGGGUUAUCAUUGUAAAGGUCUUUCAUUGUUAUACGAAAUGA